AUAACGCCUUUUUAUUUACCCAUCAGUAACGAAGAACAAUCCAGCAAAUCAUUUCGGUUUCGAUUCAGUCCUUCGAAAGAGCUUCAACAUUUGAAAAACAGUGAAAACGUCUUCUCGACGUUAGAGGAUGAAGAGAUUUUAUUUUUUUUGCCUUGGUGUGAUAAUUUGCAGUAUACGUAACACAAAAGCACAUUAUUCUCACCAGUGGGCAGUACACAUUGAGGGCGGACCCAAGGUAGCUGAUGAAGUAGCUGAGGAUCACGGAUUCAUUAACCAUGGUCUGAUUUUUGAUAAUCACUAUCAUUUUGUGCACAGAGGCGUUGCCAAACGAUCAAUCAGACCUAAUUUGGAGAAAAAAAUUAGGCUUGCAGUUGACACGCGGGUGCGCUGGUCAGAGCAGCAAAAAGUUAAAAGGAGAGUUAAAAGAGACUUACAGGUACAAGAUAGUGAUCCGAAAUGGCCAUCUAUGUGGUACUUGAACCGAGGAGGAGGGUUAGACAUGAAUGUGAUACCAGCUUGGAAAGAAGGAAUUACUGGAAAAGGAGCUGUGGUAACAAUAUUAGAUGACGGUUUAGAAAAAGAUCACCCGGAUCUUUUGCAUAAUUAUGAUCCUAUGGCAUCAUAUGACGUGAACGGUCAGGAUUCAGACCCGAGUCCACGCUAUGACAUCAUAGAUUCGAACAGACACGGCACGAGAUGUGCAGGUGAAGUAGCAGCUACCAGCAACAACUCAGUUUGUGCCCUCGGCAUUGCACACGGAGCACAAGUAGGUGGUGUUAGAAUGCUUGACGGUGAUGUAACAGAUGCUGUAGAAGCUAGAUCGCUUAGCUUGAAUCCUCAUCACAUAGAUAUAUACAGUGCUUCCUGGGGACCGGAUGACGAUGGCAAAACAGUUGAUGGGCCUGGUGAUCUGGCCAAGAGGGCAUUCGUAGAGGGAGUGAAAAAGGGCCGUAACGGAAAAGGCUCAAUAUUUGUAUGGGCUUCCGGAAAUGGAGGAAGAGAACAUGACAAUUGCAACUGUGAUGGUUACACAAACUCCAUAUACAGCCUGUCCAUAUCAAGUGCAACGGAGCAUGGUCACGUCCCUUGGUACAGCGAAGCUUGCAGUUCCACAUUGGCCUCUACAUACAGUAGUGGGGCUGCAGGUGAACGUCAAGUGGUCACGACCGACUUGAGACAUUCCUGUACCAGUAGCCAUACAGGUACCAGCGCGUCAGCUCCUCUUGCUGCCGGAAUUUGUGCACUCGCUCUAGAAGCCAACCCGAAUUUAACGUGGAGGGAUAUGCAACAUAUCGUAGUACGUACUGCCAGGCCGCACAACUUGGUCGCACCCGAUUGGCAGACCAACGGGGUCGGAAGGAAUGUUUCUCACAGUUUUGGGUAUGGUCUGAUGGAUGCCUAUGCCAUGGUGCAACUAGCGAAGAACUGGAUUACGGUUCCUGAACAGAAAAAGUGUGAAAUUACCGCCUCCUCUGCUGUAAGGCCUAUUCCUGCUAAAAGUGUGUCAGUGAUACAUUUAGAAGUCAAAGAAUGCGAGGGUGUUGAAGUCCUAGAGCAUAUCCAAGCAAAAUUGACCAUAUUUUCGCAAAGGCGCGGGGAUUUAAAUAUUCAGUUGACUUCUCCCAUGGGAACAAAAGUAACUUUACUGGCUCAUAGAGCCCAUGAUAACUCCAGGGCGGGUUUUACCAUGUGGCCCUUUAUGUCGGUGCAUUCUUGGGGAGAAUCUCCUUUUGGAACAUGGCUGCUUGAAAUUCACAAUGAUGGCCGCCUCUUAGGUGAAGUAAAAUUCUGGCAGUUAACGUUAUAUGGCACUUCGACACUACCGUCCGCAGAAAAACAGAAAUUUAAAGAAAAAAACACAAUACCUGAGGUUUUCAGUGAAGACAUUAUGCACAACUCUAUUUAUGAUUCUUUGUCCAAUUGGGAAGGUGGGGCAGAAAAUCGCAAGGAUAUUUUGGAGGUAGAAGAACACGAGAAAAGUACAUCAGGUUGUGCGAAAACCAAUGGGAAUUUAUGUUUAGAUGAGGUAAAAGAUAAGGGAAAUAUUGGUAAUAUGGAAACUUCAUCAACGCCAGCUAAUGACAAUGAAGAAGAUGAACAGGUUGAUGAUUCAGCUAAAAAUAUAGAUGUUUUUCUUUGGCAAAUUGCUGAUGAAUUUAAAAAAUAUUUCUUUUCUUGAUAACAUAUAGUUGUAUAAGAAACUUUAAUUGUAAAAAUAGGCUACGGAUGACAUCAAAAGCAAUAAGGCAACGGUCAAAGUAUUUACUCCAGCUGUACUCAAACCAGAUACAUACGAGUAUAACGAUAUCAGGAUCUGUCUCCAAUUUUAUUCUAUCAAUCACAAACGACUUCAUUUGUGUGCAAUUUAGAACAGGUAGCCAGAUCUUAUUUAUGUAAAUUCUCUCUUCCUUUCUCUUCUCUCUAUUGAAGUUAUCUCUGUUACUUCUAUUGCCUUGAACAAGUAAUAUUACAAACAGAUAUUUGAAUGGACUCCUACCAGCAGCUACGACAAAAGAGAGGGGUGAUUAAAAAGUUUGUUGAGUGGAGGCCCGACGCAUAUGUGAACCUGAAAGUCUCCCUGAAGAAGUUAAUCAUCUUAAAAUAAGUUCAAAGGAAAAAGGUACAGCGAAAUAAAAUUCAAGUGGGCCGUACGACCCAAGACAGAGAACGUCAAAGUAACUCCAGCUAGGCCCGUUAUUGGAAAAGGUUUCACUCUUAUGUUAAAAAUUUUACAAACCAGAUUGGGAGAAUUCUAGAGAAGCACAACGUGAACAAGCCAACGAAAAUUAUCAGAGAGAGUCUAAGAUCGGUCAAGGACCCCAGAGAGCAACAUCAUGAGAAUGCCGGAUCCCUUGUGACUGCUGGUAGGUCUACAUUUCUACCACGAAAAAAAUGUGUGAGUAGGUAUCUGUUUCUCUGAAUACAAGAGAAAUUGUAGCUUCGAACAAACCGACAAAUCAGCUGUAGCCAAACAUGCUCUCAAAAAACAAGGCACUCACGUUAUCUUGUUCGAAGAGAAAAAAUACUACAAAACUCAGAAUUACAAUCCAAGAGUAUAUGAGAAGGCAAUAGUAAUUCAUAAACACAGAGACAAUUUCAAUAGAAAAGGAGGAAUUAACAUCAAUAAAAUCUGGCUACCUAUGCCGGAUUGCUCCAUCGCCUUUGAUAGACGAAAUGUUGCGUUGACCACGUCCAACAAACCAGGAAAAUAGCUUUGACACAGUUACCUCCGGCCAUAAAUGUUCACACUCUGAGUACUUAGCAAUCAUAGUGCCUCUACAGUCAAACUCUUUGUUCUUGUCAGGCAAAUGAUGACAUCAAUUGCAUUUAUUGUUAUACUAGUGAAUGUUCAAUAAAGUUGACUCACCUCAAAAGGGUAAUAUGUAUUAAUCAAUAAAUGUUUUUUCCUUAUUA